AUGUUCCUCUUUUUGGCUUUAUUGAUGAUAAUAACAAAAAGUUCUUCAAUCACAGAUCUAAUGGAAGGAACAUCACCACAAAAUGUAGAAUGGCAAAAUCAAGAUUCUACUCCAUUCACUAAAAAAUUUUCUUGUGACAAUUAAUAAUCGAUAGGACCCUUUAUUGGAAAGAUUGACACGAAUAUUAAAAAAGUAUUUAAUAAUCUGUAACCUCACUAUUCAUUGUAAGUUACGUUAGAUCUUUUAUUCAUUGAAUAUUGGUCUGGAACAUCAAAUUAUAUAAAUAUAAUUAUAGAUUCAUAAACAAUUUAUUCUGAUUCAUCUAUAAGCACAUCUAAUUUCAAUACUCCCAACAAUUAUUGUAAGACAAAUGCAUUUUUGUAAAUAUUACAAUAAUUUUAGAAUAUUUUUAUAUAAUUAAUAAUUGAUCACAUUAAGAUAGAACAUAAUACAUGAUAACCUUAAUCCAACAUUAGAAAUAAAAUCUAGUUUUUAGUGUACCUUACUAUCAUUAUAUUCAGUAUGUGAGAGAUUAUUAAUUAAAAAUGUUGUUGUGACUCCAUAGUUAUGUCAUUUUACUUGCCUAACAUGUAAUGGUCCUUUAGAAGUUAAUUGCUUAACUUGUCCAAAUGGUAUGAUAUAAGAUGGUAAAUGUACCUGUCAAAAUGGAUAUUCAUCUUAUAAUUAUGAAUGUGUUUAAACUUGUCCCUAAUAUUAUACUAGUUAGAAUUAAAAAUGCUAAUUAAAUUGUUCUUUAAAUUGCUAAAGUUGUGUACAAUCAAAAUGUAAUGUUUGUGAAAAUGGAUUUAUCCUUUAUUAAGGAACUUGUGUCACAACUUGCCCAAAAAGUAGUUCUUUAUAAAAUAAUAUUUGUGUUGAUUUUUCAGAAUAAUCUACUUGGGGAUCUGAAUAUAUUGGAAAAUAUUUUGAUGGUUUUGAUAUUGAUCUGUUAAGCUAAAUUAAUUAAUUUACUUUUACGUUCAAUUCCAUGUUAUCUAAAUAAACAGGAUAAAUAUUUUCAACUUAUAAUAAUUAAUAUUUAUUGGGAGGGUUCGGAGUUUGGAGUCAUGGAUAUUAUACUACUUUCUUUAAUGGACUCCCUGCACAUAAUAAAUUAAGAAUAUACUUAAAUGCUUGGUUUAUAGAUAAUUGGACUAAUGAGUAAUUUAUUAUUAAAUUGGAUAACUAAAUUAUUUAUUAAGUUUCCUAUUAAUCUUCAAAGGCAACUACUAAUCUAUUUUAUUUGAAUUCAAAUGAUUAUAUUGAAGAAAUUAUUUUGUUAAUAGAGCAUACAUCAAGUGCAGCUGAAAUAACUUUUUAAACAACAUUGUCUAUUUCUGCUUAUGAAGCUAGCUUAGCUUUAAGUAAUAUCUAUAUUUUGAUUGACUUUUGUGAUUAUCAUUGCGAUAUUUGUUCAUCAAAUUAAUGCACAACAUGUAUAAAUCCAUAUUAGUUAAUCCAUAACAAAUGUGCACUUUGUGAUUCGACUAAUUUUAGAAAUAAUGAUUGUAGUUGUUAUAUUGGUUAUUAUGAUGAUAAUCUUAACUAAUAAUGUUAAAAAUGCAAAUAAGAAUGUGAAUAAUGCCUUAAUGCAUAUAGUUGUACAUAAUGUAAAUAAGGAACUAACCUAAUUAUUCUGCCAAAUUGCAUGAAUUGUAAUACAGGUUUCUAUUAUGAUAAUGGAAUAUGUUCUAAAUGUAAUUUAAAUUGUUUAACUUGUUUUGGGAAUGAGAAAUCUUAAUGCCUAUCAUGUUUGAAUAACUAAAUUCUAAAUAAUAAUAAUGAAUGUCAAUAUUGCUAAGCCAAUUAAUUUAUUAACAAUAAUAUUUGUUAGGAUUGCUAAUAUAAUUGUGAAACAUGCAAUGAUGCAUAAAUAUGCUUAACAUGUACAUAAGGGAGAAUAAAUGCUCCUUCUUGUAUUUGUGAAGCAGGUAACCAAUUUUAUAAUUGUAGGAUAUUUUGAAAGUAAUAAUAAGUCAUGCCAACCAUGCAACAUUUAAUGUUCUACUUGUGAUUCUUUUAGAGAUAAUUGUUUAACUUGUUCAGGUAAUCGAUAAAAUCCACCUUUAUGUUAAUGUUAAGAUAAUUUUGAUUAAAAUACAAAUUUUAUUUGGUGUACAGGUAUGAAAUAUAAUAAUUAGAUUGUUCUGUUGCUAAUUUAGAUAUUAAAAUGAGUCCUAACAUCAAAAAGUUAAUUAUUUCAUUUGAAAAAAAAAUUAGAAAGAUUAAUCCUGAUUGUUUAUCAAUUUUUGAAGAAUAAACUCUAAAAUAUUUAGGAAUUUAACCAAUAUGUUUUAUUCAAUAAUUUUCAAUAGAUGUCAUUUUGGGUGAAAAUGCUAAAGUUUAUUUUGGGCUUUAAAUCAUAUUUCAAAUAAAUAUUAUUUAAUUUUAAGAAUGUUAAAAUUCAGUGGCUUAAUUUUUUAAUAAUAUAUUAUUAAAAAGUACAGAUUUAGAAGCACCAUAAAUAAUAUUUACUAAAAAUUAAGUUCUUUUAUCUGCUUGUUCGAAUAAUCCAGAUUCAAUCUAUUAAAUUUAAUCAUAUAAUUUUGGCAGUAGUCCAAUAACUUUUAUUGAUUGGAAAUUGAUUCGAGUAACUUAAUAAGAUUCUAAAAUAACUGAGAUUAUUGAAAAUCUGAAGAAUCAAUUUAAAAAUUAACAACAAAAUAUCAUUUUUGAAUUCUCAAAUGAUAUAUUAGAAAUGCAAAAUGAAAUUUUAUUGGAAUUAAAGUAUUUAAAUUUUUUAGGAAUUUAAGGAAGUAGCUUUAUUACAAUUAAACAAUUAACAGCAAAAUUAUUUUUAAAUGUUUAAUUACAAACAAGCUAGUAUUUCACUUCUUAAUUGAUACAAUUUUACAUUUAGGUUUCUCAUUGUUCACAAACUUUUACUAAUGAGUUAAAGUUAAAUAUUUCAACAAAGAUUGGCACUCUUUAUAAGCAAUUUGAAAUAGCAUUUGGAGAAUAUUAUAUCUAUUAGAUAGAGCCAUACUUACUGAAUGCUGAUCUUUAUUAGCUUAAUAUAGGAGUUAAUUUAAAAGAAAAUCUUAUUAUACAAGAUAGCUUCUAGAUUUUAAUUGUAAAUGAAGAGCCAAGUAUUUAAUUAUUUACUUAAUCUAACUUUUUAAGUUUUUCAUAGAUAUUAUUAAUACAUGGAUAAGUAAAAAAUAUAGCUAAUCCUUAUCCUGCACUCGAAUGGGAUUGCUUUGAUAUUACUUAAAAUUCUGAAUGCAAAACCUUAAAUCAGACCAAAUUAGAAUUUCCAAAUUCUUAAAAUCUAACCAUAUAACCUUAUACAUUAACUCCUUUUUCUGUGUAUAUGUUUUCUGCAAUUUAUUAAGAUUUAUACUAGUUUGCAACAAUUACUAUUGUUGAAACAGAUGUUCCAAAAAUAGAAUUUGAGGCCUAUCCAGAUGUUUCUAAUGGAUAUAUAAACUUUUAUGAUUAACUUUUAUUUAAGUUUAAGUAUCUAGAAAUUAUUUAAAACCCUGAUUUAUUAAUGUAUACAGGAAUAUUGUCAAAUUCGAACUUAUUAAUCAAGCAUUUCAGAUUCAAUUAUUUAGAGUUAUAAAUUAGUCUUUGGCAUUAUUUUACUGUUGAAUAAUUAACCAAACAUAUGACAUUAAAGAUCAAUAUAUAUAAUCCUGAUUACUUUUCACCAUCAUAAUUAACAAUACCAUUAAAAAUUAAUAUUCCACCAUUGCAAUGCUAAAUAAAUCUUUUUAGAGUAAAUGAAUCUACAAUAACUAAUUUUUCCAUAAAAAUAACAAAUUGUUAAGAUGAAAAUCUACCUUUAUAAUAUAGAUUAGUGCUUUAUUUAAAUUCUUCAGAUCUAAAGUUUGACUAUUCAAUUAAUACUAUUUAAAAAGGAAUCAUUUUAAUUGACUAUUAAUAUAAUAAUUUAUUUCAAACUUAAUUAACAGGUAAUGGCGAGAUUUAAUUAAUGAUAUAGGUCAAAGAUAAUCUUAAUGGAAUUUGCAAUUACACAAACUCAUUAAACUUUACAUAUGAAUAAGGAACUUUAAGAUAGUUAUUGAUAAAUUCAUCAUCUAUUAGUGAAACCUUAAUCUAUGCUACAAGUUUAUAAUAUGAAGAUAAUCUUAAUGUUUAAGAAAUUAAAGAAGUUAUUCAAUAAUAAAUUAAUUAUUUUUCAAAUUGUUAAUGUAUUACUCAAAAAUAAUUACUUACUUUAAAAACACUAACUAUAAAGUAUAUAGAAAGGGAACUCAGUGAUAUUGAUAGUGAAUUAUCUUUAUCAAAAGAAAGAUUGAAUAAAAUUAAUUUAUAAAUGACUAAUCUACAUGUUAUUGAAUAUGAUAAAUUUGAACAUACUUAAAAAGAGUUUUUAAAAGUGAGUUUAUUAGAAGAAACUAUUGAAAUAGCAAAAUAUAUCAAUGAAUUAUAUAAAGUAAAUAAUAUUUACUAAUAAAAAAAACGAGUUUUAACAAGCGAAUAAGAUUAUGAUGGUAAAAAUACUAAUAAUUACAUUAUAAUGGACUCUAUAAAUGUAAUAACUGAAAUUUAACUAUAAAAUUAAAUAAUUAAUGGUAAUUAAUAAACAAUAAUGACCGAUUCAUUCAAUAUUUCAACCUAAAAAGCAACAUAAAAAGUAUUAGAAAAUACAAUAAGUAGCUCUUUGACUGCGCCAUAAGUUAUUGGAUAGAAUGAAUAAUAGAAUAAUUUAAAUUCUUCCUUAGAAACAUAUUCAUAUAAAAUGAUUACUUAUAAAUCAAAUCCUUAUAAAUAUGAUACUUAUUUUAUGAAUAAUUACAACUAAUAAAAUGAUUACCCUUUAUAUUAACCCGAAAUUAAAUAAUUAUCUAAUUAAGUGUUAGUUUAUAAUUUAAGUUAAUCCUAGGGCAUUAGAUAUAAUUUUGAAAAUUAAAAAGAAAAUCUUAUAGUUGAAUGUGUCUCUAAAGUUUAAGAUAAUUGGGGUUUAGAUGCUUGCAAAACAGUAAAGGAAGAUUAGAAAGUAAUAUGUUAAUGUUAGUAUGUUUCUUCAACAACAAUUUUAGAAGCAACACAAUAAAUAUUUGAUGAAACAAUAGAUUUCUUCUCUCUUUAAACUAUUGAUAAAAUGUUAAAUUGUCAAUACCAAUCUAUUAUAUUUACAUAUAUAGUGAUAAUUUAUACUAUAUUAUUUUUGUGGUAUAUUUUUUAUGGAUAUAAAAUGGAUCAAAGUAAGAAUGAAGAUUUGUUAUUUAAUUCAACUAAAGUUGCACCAUCAGAAUGGGAUAUGGCUAUUGAAAAAGCUGGAGGAAUUAUAAAUGUUGGAGAAAUAGAAUCUGAAAAGAAAAUACCAGCAAUGGAAGGAACUAGUAGUCUUAGAAAAGAAACUUAAAAAAAAACAAUGUUUAGUUCGAAUGACAGUUAAAUCACAUUUGAAGAUAAGCAAUUAAAACGCCCUUAGUUUGAGUAUUAUAAUAAAAUGUUGGCAAGUAAAAAAAGUGUUGGUAUCACAACUAAUGUUUGUUCUGGGAGAAUAAUUGAAGAAACGGAAGCAGAAGCAUCAUCAAGAUCAAAAACUGCUAUAAGUCCAAAUGUUAAACUUGCUCUUUCAGAGAAUCGUUCAACAUACAGAAGGCAAUAAAUAAUAGAGGAUCAAUCCUUAUAUAAAAGAUAUUCAACUUAAAGAAUUAGUUUAUGCAAAGCUGUUAUAGAAUAUAUUGAAGUAAUUUAUUUCUUAAAAAGCUUAGCUUAAUCACAAAGUUUUGAGUUUAUAUUAUUUAUAUGAUAAGGAUUGUUCUAGGGUUUACAGAACUAUCAUGUUAUAUGUUUCAUUGCUAGGGGAAAUUAGUAUUUUGACAUUUUUUGGAAAAGUAAGAUAUCUAUGUUAUUUAGAUCAUAAACUUAAAUACUAUUAUUGCUCUCUCUAUUUUAUAAACAUUGUUUGGAGUAAUUUAUAGAAAGCUACUUUAAUUAUUUCUAAAAUCUUAAAAAUUAUGUUUAAAUUAUAUUGGGUUUAAUCUAGCAAUAUUAAGUGUUUUAUUCUUUUUAUUUAUUAUAUUUGGUAGUGUUGCAAAAUAUCAGUCAGUUUUGGAAUCAUCUUUAUGGGGAGUUGCGUAUCUAAGCAGUUUUAUAUUAGAUUAUCUACUUUAUACCAACAUUCAGAUUUUGGUAUUUUUUGUUAUAAUAAUUAAAUUUGGAAAUUCAGAAACAGUAAAAGUAUUAUAUUUAAAAAUAUAAUUUAAGAAAUAUUUAAAAUUAUUUUUAAAUGAGAAAGUAUAUAUCUAAACAUUUGGAAAUUCAUGA